AUCUGCUGCUGGUGUCUCUGUCAUCACAGGACAAAGCAUGGCAGGACGGAGAGAGGAGGAGGAUGCAGAGGAGGGCAGAGUGACGACCACUGUGGAGAAUCCAAGAGGACAAAAGGAGUCAACGACUGAGCGUACAGAAGAGGUGGCUCCAUCACCAACUGGAUUUACAUGGCUGUGAAUGAGACUCUUCUUCUCAGCAUCACUGCUGGUGGGAGUCUAUAUGAGGUAAUAUGGCAGAAAAACGGUACGAAGUUGCUUCAGAUAAAAGGCAAUGACGUUAGGUACUAUGCGAAAAAGACGGAGUGCAGGUGUAAGAUAUUCCCAAAUGGGACUCUGCAAAUACAGCAGGUGGUGAGAGAGGACAGUGGAAACUACACGGUGACUGUUUAUCGUAAGGAUGGAAAAUGGGAGGCAGAAGAACAUACAAGGUUCAUCGUUCAGGAGCCUGUCCCUCAGCCAAUCCUCAGUUUUGAAUGCAGGAAUAAAAAUGUAUCUGCCAAGUGUGAAGUGAAGCAGAAGACUAAAGACGAUCUAUUUACAAUAGAACUGAUUCAAGAUAAAAUUAAAAAAAUCCAAAAUAAUACAACAAAGUUGGACAUGCACGUGCGGAAAGCUGGAACGGUCAGAUGCAUCGCUAAGAACCGAGUCAGUGAAAAAAUGGCUGAAAAAGCAGUUAAGUGCUCAGGCCAGCUGGACCUUUAUCUCAUCUUAAGCAUUGCAGGAGGUGCAAUCUUUUUUGUCAUCUUCGUGAUUUUGCUUAUUUAUUGUAUCAGGAAGAAGAAAGCAGAAAGGCGUGCAGAUGAUGAAGAGGAGCGAAUGAUACGGGCUCGCCAGCUGGACAGUGAAAUGGUGGUGCGGGAGCUCCCUCAGACGCCGUGCAAUCCCACCCCGAAGCAGCUGCGAGUGCAGCAGCGGCCGCUGCCGCAGCCCCAGGUCCAGCAGCAACCACUGCCCCCGCGGCCCAGGCCCCGCACUCAGCAGCGGACUCCAAACCACCCCAAAGAAAGACCUUGAACAUCUGCCCUGGGAGGGACGGUGGUCUCUCUGCUCCACCUCUCACUGGGGAAAAGAAAGUUUCCUAUAGCCAGGAGCCCCUCCUGCCCAGCCUCGCCUAAUGCUUAACUAUGAAACGGCAGCUUUCAUUGCAGGAAAUUAGAGAGAGCAUCAAAUGGAGAUGAAGAGAUCCAGCAGAGGAGAUUCAAGGUGAUGGGCAUUCAUCCCUGUGGCCAUUUUUCUUCAGGUGUCUCUGUAUUAAGGUAUGGAGCAUUGAGCCUUGAAACCUGUGUCUUUCUGCGGUUCACUUGUUUUUACCAGACCUUGUCUUCGUGGUUUUGGGAUGGAUUAUAUCAAGAAGAAGCGAAAGUUCUAGUGAAACAACACGGGCCUAAGGAUCUUCCAGGGUUUUGUCACAUAUCUUUCCUUUCUCCUGCUACACAUUUGGACAUCCCUCUGGCUUCAGUAUCAAAUGCAUAACCUCCUGGAUCAAAAAAGAGUUGUAUGUAAUUAAAUACUUGUCUGAAGUUGAAAGUAUCGGUGUCAUCUAAUGGAGAGAAGAAAAUAACUGAAGGGAGAUGUGAGAGCCUUGAAGCAUCUGUGUGGGAAAAUGCAAGUGGGAAAGGAGUAAACUUUUCACUUUCUUGAACACAUUUAGAACAAGACCCAUGGGUUUAAAUUAAAGCAAGGGAGAGUUCAGAUUUUUUUUUUUUUUUUUUUUUUUGGCAAGCAAAGCACUGAAAUAGAUUUCUGGGAGAGGAUCUCCAGCACUGGGGGUUUCAAAGGCCAGAUGAGGCAACCAUCUGUGAGACAUCCUCGUUCUGCUGAGGGGCAGGGAAACAUUCUACGUGGCCUCUCCAAGGACUGUUUCAGCUCAGUUUUCCACAACUCCUUGCUGGCAAAUAGAAUGAAACUUUAUUCUCAGCAUAGGUCUGUUUGGCUCUCCAGACAAUUCUUUUGUCAUAGAAGAGGUCUGGUAUCCACUGACUCAUGAAACAAGUGUUACAAACUGCCAAGCAGCCUGAUUUCUAGUGGCAUUGUCUGAAUUGUCGUGGCUGUCUAUCAUAGGGCCUCCUGCUGAUGGUGAGGGACUGUGUCCCUUGACUUUGCUGGUAAGCACCUGAUGGAUAACCAGGCGAUGACAGAGAACUGCUCAGGGAUCUCCUUCCCAAAGGGAGAGGUUGGACUACAAUAACUGCAUCUGCAUCACCCUCCACAUGCUGGUCAAACACUGGUCACUCCUCUGGUCCUUGGAGAUGUUUAUAACCCCCUCUAUGGGACAAUCGAGGAGCUGAGAGAGGACGGGCCUUUUUAGAGCAAUGCCAAAAUGGGAACACGGGGCCAUCUGGUGUAAGAGGCAGCGGAGGUGGAGGAGGAGAGAGCUGUGAGAGCCACAGAUCAUGAGACAUCCAGCUAGCAUGUUGUUGCAUUAGGCAGAAGAAUGUGUAUUACCUCCUUGUUCAGGUUUGACUAUCCUACACAUGCCAGGGGAGAUAAACCAGCCAUCCUUUGGUUCUCCUUAGAAAUGUGGCUAUUUUUAUCUUCUCCUACAAGGGCAGGGAAGUAGCUUGUCAGGAAGAAGGAGGUCUCUGCCUCCUCCAGAGCUCAGUCGCUUUGCUUGAACUCUGAUGGUAGACACAGCCCCAGGAGUGUCACUCGCUCUCACCCUUGCUUUCUGCAGCUUGUUUUAGGGCUUUUGCUAUUUAAAGUUACAUUUGGUAAACGUUUCAUUGUUUAUUUUGUAACAUAUGCUAUA